UAGAAUAACAGCAGCUGUAAACCAGUGAUGAAUUAAUUAUAAUAAUUGAUAUUUCAAUUAUCUUAUUAGUAUACAUUUUGUAUUUUUUGUACCUUUUUAUACUUAUGCAAUAUUUACCUUCAACACGUAGUUUGAUUAUGGUUUACAGAUAAAAGUUAUUUAAUAUUUAUUUAAACUGAUAAAAUUAAACAUGACGUACGUUUUGAACAUUUAAGUAUCCAUAAUCCAUGUACCAACCACCAGGUACCUACUAAACUUGAGUUAAAAUAAUUUAUGUUUAAAACUAACAGGAAAUUAACUUAAACAUUCUUAAAUUUAUAGUUUCUGUAGUAACUGUAGUAGUAAAAUGAGUUUUCAUAGUAAAAUAGUAUUGAUUACUGGUGCUAGUUCAGGAAUUGGUGCAGCAACUGCUUUACACUUUUCCAAAUUGGGAGCUAAACUAGCACUUACUGGACGCAAUCUUGUAAACCUGCAAAAUGUAGCCGAUCAAUGUGAAAAAAGUUGUUCACUAAAACCAUUUGUGAUUACUGGUGAUCUGACAAACGAAGAUGAUACUAAAAAAAUUUUGGAUUCCACUAUUUCUCAUUAUAACCAACUGGAUGUUUUAAUAAAUAAUGCAGGUAUUUUAGAAAACGGAACUAUUGAGUCUACAUCCCUUGAUCAGUAUGAUCGGGUAAUGAAUGCUAAUGUGCGAUCCAUCUAUCAUCUGACCAUGUUGGCUGUUCCAUAUUUAGUGAAGACUAAAGGUAACAUAGUUAAUGUAUCCAGUGUAAAUGGAACCAGAUCUUUUCCUAAUGUACUAGCAUACUGCAUGUCAAAAGCAGCAGUGGAUCAAUUUACAAGAUGUGUUGCAUUGGAACUGGCACCUAAAGGAGUUCGUGUGAAUAGUGUGAACCCAGGAGUUGUAGUUACAAAACUUUUAACAAGACAAGGAAUGAGUGAAGAGGACUAUUCAACAUUUUUAGAUAAAACCAAGUUCACGCAUGCGUUAGGAAGACCAGGCACUGUCGAAGAAGUUGCCAAAGCUAUUGCAUUUUUAGCUAGUGAUGACGCUAGUUUUACGACUGGCGAUUCAAUCUUGGUUGAUGGAGGAAGACACGCCAUGUGCCCAAGAUAAAAUAUUUACUCAUGUGAUUUCAUGGCAAUUAAUUUUUCAUUUGUUAUACAUACCCAUAGAUUAAAAUAUUAAAUGUACCUAAUAAAAAAUAGAUUUUUUUGUAAUAAAGAUAAUUUUUGGUUUAAAUAAAGAUGUAAGUUAUACCUAACUA